GAGACGCUUUAUUCACGAGACGCGCGUCUCUUCGGUGCCAUCAGUACACUCGAUAGUAAAUCCGAAAUUGAGAUUUUAACGCUGAUUUUGUGGAUCAAUUCCAGAUCAAUCAUUCAGUAUUUUAUUUUCAUUAAAAUUUAAUUUUUUAUUUAUUCUGAGAAUAGUUUGAAAAUUGAAGAACAAUUGUACGAGUGAAUCUACUAAAUACAGAAUGUCCACUGCGAUGUUUGAGUCAUUAAGUGAUAAAGUUGCGAUGUUCAACCAGCAAGCGAACAGCCACAUGGCCAGCCAAAGUAGAAAUCCCUUCACAAGGGGAUUAAAUCUUGACAGACCGAAAUUUUCAAAGGAAGAGUAUGGAAGACCAGCGGCUGGUUCAUUGUCAGAUAUACGUGGCCGCAAAGCAACUGCACAUAUCCUCCGUGAAAUGCUUGAGCUUUGUGAAAUAAUUCAUCAGAAUGGUACUCCCUGCAAAGACCAUCCGGAAAUAAUGGGGAUUACGUUUGGGGAUUUGUUCAAUAUUUACGUUGCCAUUAGUGAUAAGUGUGUGGGACUACUCUUGAGGGCGAGGAAGCAGGGGAUGGUGGAGUUCGAGGGGGAGGUCUUGUUCCAGAGACGGGAUGACGACGUUCCAGUAUUCCUUGUGAAACCCAUCGCGGAAAUCCGAGCCUAUUUCAAACAGAAGAUCGAAGACGCCAAGAAAGACGUUCAUUGACGAAAAAUCACCUCUAAACCCACAAAGAUGUGCAAAUGAGGUGUGUGCGAGGGUGAGAAUGGAUCUGCUGUAAAUAUUAUGAAGUGUCAUGCAAUAAUUGUGAUAUGUAAUAUAGAGCCUGCUCCCAUAAAUUUUUAUAUAAAAUAUUAAA